UGCUGGUCGACAUCGAUACGAGGCGGAUGCGUCGAGUUAAAUAAUUUGCUCCGAAGCGACAGAUUUUUAUUGUGCGUGUCAAUCUUUUCGCCAAUAAAAUAGACUUUGUGGUUAUUUUAUUAAAAUGUAAUUUUUACGUGGGACCUGCGUAGUAUAAAAAUUCAAAGUCACGUCGCAACACUAUUCGAACUAUUACACCACAUGACACAAAUUUUACGGUGAUAUUUAUCGUGUAGUUGCCUAUUUAAUAAUUAGGUAGGUAUAAAGUGUAGUCAGGUGUACAUCACAGCGUCGAGCGGUGGUCGUGUUUUUGGAUAGCUUUUUUUUUUUGUCGUCAUCGUCGUCGUCGUAUUUAUUGUCAAUAAUUUUUAUCAUCUGCACUAAACGAGGAGAUUAUACGGCCACUUGUGUUGGUUAUGAUAUAAUACGCCAAUAAGUAUAUGCGCAGAGUUUCACAACGCGUCCAAAGCGAAUCCACGUCUCGUUAUCAAUCUGCAAUCCUCUCGUGUACGCAAUUAUACUCUCGGAGAGUAUACAUAAGCGUACAAACAUCUAUACAAUUUGUCUAAUACAUCGACUGGGUUAUUCUGUUAAAUUGCUGCUUAAAAACCUCAGAAAAUAUAUCAUUACAGAAAAAGUUUACGGCAUUGUUAUAUAUUAUUAUCAUCAGUGUUUUAUCAUCAAUACAAAACGUCUCGAUUGACACCAAUCAGUAUGAUUAUGAUUAUGAACAUAGUCCAAGCUCUACAGAAUUCUGCAAUCGUGCUGGCGAUCGUAUUCGCAGCGUCUUCAGCAUCUCAUUCUAGGAUUGGAUUCGAUAAAUACCAUAAUCAUGAAGAGAUGACUAAUUAUUUGAAGGAAAUAACUGAAGAAUUCCCUAAUAUUUCAUCGCUGUAUUCGAUUGGCAAAUCGGUUUUAAAACGUGAACUGUGGGCCGUCAAAUUAACUACUGCAACUGAAAUGCUGGGUGUACCAAAUAUCAAAAUUGUUGGAAAUAUACACGGCAAUGAGCCCGUUGGGAGAGAAAUCAUUUUACAUCUGGUUCAAUAUUUAUUGGAUAACAAUUCAAAAAACGAAGCAAUUAACAAUCUGUUGCGAACCACCGUCAUUCACUUAUUGCCGAGCAUGAAUCCGGACGGAUUCGAACUGUCCGCACCUCAACCUUGCCCUAACGAUGGAAUGCAUAUGUCAGGUUCUAGAGCGAACGCAAACACUUUUGAUUUGAAUCGAAAUUUUCCGGACAUUUUCAAUCCAAACUUAGUGCCACGGCAACCCGAAACUAAAGCAAUAAUAGGGUGGUUAAAAUCUAUACCGUUCGUCAUGUCUCUAAGUUUACAUGGCGGUGCUUUGGUGGCCAAUUUCCCUUACGACGGUUCAUCAGAUUCAGUACCAGGAAAACUGCAGAAAUUAAACGAAACUUUGAAAACCGCCAAUAUGUUUGAGCUCUACAAAAAAUUUCUAAAUGAUUCUAGUUAUAACCACAAUAACAAUAAUAUGGAAAGUUUAACACCAGACGAUGACGUAUUUCGAUUUUUAGCAAAACAAUAUGCUGGCUUGCACCCGACCAUGCAUAAUGGUCUAAGCUGUGAAGAUGACUAUUUAAAAUUCAAAGAUGGCAUAACAAAUGGAGCUGCUUGGUAUCAAGUAAUAGGAAGUAUGCAAGAUUAUAAUUACGUGUGGCACGGCUGUUUGGAAAUCACUUUGGAAAUGUCUUGUUGCAAGUAUCCACCUGCGUCAUUUUUAAAAUCUCACUGGGAAGAUCAUUUAAAGCCUCUUUUGACAUGGAUGCAACAAGCGCACAGAGGCAUUAAGGGUGUCGUCACGAACCGAAUAACUGGCAAACCCAUACCCAACGCCAUCAUUAGCCUUAAAGAUCGUGAAAACUAUAUCAACACAACCGUGAAUGGAGAAUACUGGAAAAUACUACUUCCUGGUGUAUACAAGUUAAGCGUGAAAGCGACCGGAUACGACGAAAAAAUCGUCCGAGUGAAGGUGCCGGAGGUACGCGAGAAUCAAAAACAAGGGCCUCGGCCGCAAUUGGUGAAUGUCCAGUUGGAACCAACGAAUAAAAAGACGAUAGCUGACAGCAGCAGCACUGUAAGUGACAACGAUCACUACAACACAUAUUGGGUGUCGGACGAUGACCGACACGGCGCAACGGAUAAGGCGGUUAUAGGGACGGCUGCCGAUACGGAUGUCGUACUUUUCGGUGCGGAUUGGCCGUUGGAUGACGUACAAAAGUCGUCCGUCGACAAGCAUUUGUUAUUAGGAGUGGGUGUGGAGGCUGAGGACAACGACGACGACGACGACGACAACGACGGCUAUUCCGACCGCCAUGGUAAAAGAUACGACAUCAAUUGGCUGCAAUCGAUGCGACCGCCGUUGCCCGUUCAGUCAUCGUCCUCCCAUUCCGGUAACCGUUUUCCGUCUCGCGUAACCGGUGUGGUAACAAUGCUGUGCCUAUUGCUGUCCCCAUAUCUCGUCGUCCACGUACUCCCGUGAUCAUCGUCACCGAUGAUUAAAAUUGUAUCUCGACUUGCGUUACAAUAUUACAAUAUCAUUAUAUUUGUAUUCUUAGAUAUAAUUUCAUUGGACUAAGUACGCGAACUAGUAACAACGCUAUUUAUAUAAUUAUUGGCUAAUAGUAGUUACAACGCUAGGUGGCGGCUAACCUGCAGUUCGAUGUCGUUUUUAUGCAUGUAACUUCAAGGGAAUCGCACAAAAUUUCAAAACCUUGGAGUUUACAGUAAUAUGUCCAAUAUCCAUUUAUAGUUUUCAAAUUUACUAUGUCUGAUGAAUAUUUUAACGUAAA